CAGGGCCCCAAGCUCUUCUUUCAUCGCGCACACCAAACGUAACCUUUUCCCACCUCCAUCAACAUUACCUCGAAACUGUACAACCGCGAGAUACGAGCCCAUAUCCUUCGACCGCAUUAUCCACUAGACCUCCCUCUAUAUGACCAUCCCCAACACGACCAUGGUCUCCACCAAAAAGGUCCUCGUCCUAGGCGCAACAGGCAAGCAAGGCGCUGCCGUCGUCGACGCUCUCCUCGACCUCCCAUCUAGCUCACCAACCCUCGAGAUCCUCGCCCUUACACGAAGCCCCGAGUCCGCAAAGAUCAAGUCCCUCAUCGAGCCAGCAAAGGCCAAGGGCGUCACUGUCACGCCCGUCCAGGGAGACCUCAAGGACUCCCCAGCGCCAGUCUUCGAAGCCCACCCACGCGUCGACACAGUCUUCAUCGUGACCACCAUCGGUAAUGAGGACGCCAUCGGAAAGGCCUGGGUUGAUGCCGCCAUCGACAAGGGAGCAGCCUCGCAGAUCGUGCUGACGUCCGUUGACCGUGGGGGCGAGGAUAAGUCAUGGGUGAACCCGACCGAUGUACCGCACUUCUUGCAAAAGCACGCCAUAGAAGUGCAUCUCCGUGAUCGUGCAGACGCGCUUGAGAAGAAUGGCAGAAAGCUUCGCUGGACUAUUCUGCGCCCGACGGCGUUCUUGGAUAACACCAACCCGGGCAUGUUUGGCAAGGUGUUUGCGGCCAUGUGGUCCACGCUACCCGCCGAUCGGAGCUUGCAGCUCGUCUCGGUGCGAGAUAUCGGCCUCUUUGCGGCCAAGGCUAUUGGUAACCCCGAGAAGUGGGAUAGGAGAGCUGUGUCGCUUGCGGGCGACAGCGUCACUUACGCCCAGGCGAGAGAGACGUUCAAGAGAGUAGUCGGCAGCGAUAUGCCGCAGACGUACACCAUCUUUGGUCAGGGCAUGCUCUGGGCUAUCGCGGAUGUAGGCAAAAUGUUUGAGUUCUUUAGAACUGAGGGCUAUGGGGCGGAUAUUCAAGUUCUGCGGAAGGAGGAGCCACGUUUGCAGACUUUUGAGGCUUGGCUUAAGGAGAGUAGUGGAUGGAAGAGUGAGAUAAGCGGCCUUUGAUAUCUCGAGAAAGAAAUGCAGCGUUAUGAUAUGAUGGAUGAGG